AUGGCACGACCGAGGUCCCGGGCGCCAUGCCCUACCGAAGAAAUGCCCCUCCUACGCCGUGAGGCCUCGGACGCCCCGAUCAAAUCCAGCAUCGCGGCAGGUAUCAUCUCGACCUGGAUCGCGACCUUCCUCGCCGCAGCCGACAGCACCAUCACCUCCACGCUCUCCGCCACAAUCGCAGAAGAGUUUCACUCGCUAGCUAUCAUAUCAUGGCUUGGAUCCGGAUACCUGAUCGGACUGACAGCAACGCAGCCGCUGAGCGGGAAAUUAAGUGACAUCUUCGGUCGACGCGCGAGCUUCUGUCUCGCGUCGUGCAUGUUCACAAUCGGCAACCUGAUCUGCGGCUGUGCGCGCUCGAAAAUCCUCCUCAUUUGCGCGCGCAUCUUCACGGGUAUUGGGGGCGGAGGCUGUAUUUCUAUUGCGACGUUCAUCGCGUCGGAUAAUAUCCCGCUACACCGUCGGGGAAUCUGGCAGGGGUGUGGUGCGGUGGUUUAUACGACGGGGAUGGGGUUGGGGGCUGUUAUCGGUGGCACUGUGAAUGAUGCUGUUGGAUGGCGAUGGGCGUUUAUCGGGAUUGCGCCUGUCUCGCUGGCUGCGGCGGCUGGAGUUGCGACCUUUGUCCCGGAUCACCACGAGACCUCGAAGAAGUUCGGGGAGCUCUUGAGUCGCGUUGACUUUGCUGGGUCGGUGACGCUGGUUUCGUCGCUGGUUUUGCUGCUAGUUGGUCUGAACCAUGAAGGUGAUCAAGUCGUGACGCGCCAAUUUAUGAUCGCUGUUCCGCUGGGAUUGUGCCUCAUGGCGGGAUUUAUCUGGAUCGAGGCGCGCUGGGCGAAGGAGCCGAUUAUCCCGCUCGAGCUAUUCCGCCGACGCACGGUGGUCGCGUCGUGCUUGACUGCCUGGUUCAUGUCCAUGGCUUUCUACGCGCUCACCUUCUAUGUUCCCUUGUACAUGAAGCAGCUGGGCCACUCGACCAGCGAGAUCGGUCUCCGCCUCCUACCCGACUCGGUCGGCGCAGGCGUUGGAUCGUUUGUGGUCGGCCUCGUGAUCCGCGUGACGGGCAAAUAUGAUAUGUUCCGGUAUAUCAUGCCACUACUCCUGGUCGUGGCAUCCGGGGGGCUUUUACUGGAUCUCAAAAGAGACAUUCUGGCUGCUUCCCGAGCUAUAUCUGUUCUUCAAGGGCUUCGGUAUGGGCGGCGCAUUAACAAUGCUGAUCCUAGCGCAGCUGCACGCCGUUCCGCACGAGAAACACGCGACGGCGACCUCUGCCCUGUAUGCUUUCCGAUCGACCGGGUCAACCAUGGGCCUGUCAGCGGCGAGCGUGAUGUUCUAUACUCGGCUCCACCCAAGCUCGCCGGAGAAGGCUCCCGAAUGUGGUGA